CUCGACACUCGCUCGUGAACAACUCACCAACCCCAAUAUCCGCCAAACAAGUCGGGCCACCCACCACCACCACAACCACCACCAACCCCUCUUUCGCACACGCGGAAAAUUAACCCCCCGACGCCGCCCGCUGUAGCUCAAUCCUUACCACUUCACGACGGCGUCCGAAAGGCGACUUUCACCUCCGCGCUGGCGGCUGCGCCUACUGAACGGGAACGCGACACCCUGUUCCGACCCCGACGACGACAACUCACCACGGCCACAACUCGACCAUGUCGUCGCCUCCCGCACAAGAGCCAGCGCCCGGCUCAUUGGCCGCCCUGUCACUCGCGAUCUUCUCGGACCUACUAUCAAACCUAACCCACGACCUAGUACUACAAUCCCACCGCGCCGAGAAGCUCCUACGAACGCAACAACAACAGCACGCGGCGCACCUAGCGGCUACAGCCGCGGGCCUGCCGCUCCCCGAAGACCCCACCGUCCCUCGCAUGCCGCCGGGAAACCCGCUUGCCACGGUGCCCGCCGAGAUGAUCUGCACACGGUGCCACCUGCCGCGCCACACCGCCGAGACGCUGCAGAAGGGCACCAUCACGCUCGAAAACGGCGAGAAGAAAAAGUUCUGCGCCAAGCUCCCCUGGCAGAAUACUCGCGGCCAUGAUAUCUACGGGAAUCCGUUUCCGAAUCCGACGGUUGCCGGAGGGAAGAAGGGGAAAAAGGCUCAGGCUCAGGCUCAGGCUCAGGCUCAGGCUCAGGCUCAGGCUCAGGCUCAGGCGGAAGCGGAGACGGCGAGUAAUGCUGAUUCCCCGGCGGAGGAUACACCGGCUAUUACGGGCAAGGCGGCGAAGAACUCGGGUAUCGUCUACUUCAAGUGCACCAACUGCGACACUGAGAAGGUUGCGAGUCUGAGAUAUGCCGCGCACCUCGAGAAGUGUCUGGGACUCAGCGGAAGGAAGAGCUCGCGUGCGGCUAUGGCGAAGAUGAAUAAUAGCGGCUCGGGAUCCAACGGCGGCAGUCCUAUGCUGCAGCCUACAGAUGCCGCUAAGGGGGCAAGUCGGAAGCCUAGUCCGGAAAAGCUGGCGAUCGGAAAGGCCGCCACUCCUGCCCCUGAAGAUCCAUCCGGAAUGAUGGUCGAUGUCGCCGCACAGCCCCUACCGCCUCCGAUGCCAAAAUCGAACCUGCCAGCGCUUGCUGCACCAGCGGGAACCGCAGCUACCACACCCAAGAAGAAAAAGAAGGCUGCUGCUGCUGCCACCGCCGCCGCUGCUGCUGCCGCUACCGGCGAUGUGAAGGAAGGAACACCUAUUCCCUCCCUUUCCCAACCAGCCGUUACGACACUACCAACACCAGCAAAAGACCCAACACAGAAAAAACGCAAGCGCAAAGACGAGCUCGGCGAGCCGGGCACCACACCACUAAAGCAAAAGAAGCAAAAAACGCUUCUCACGGGCGUUGGUGUCGCCGGCUCACCGCUCCCACCGUCGACGCCCACCACCAACAUCACAGGCACUCCAAAACCCAAAUUCAACAAAUACAACAAAGCACCCGCCAACUCGGAGAGCCCACUCAAUACCAACUCCUCACUCCCACCACAGCCCCUUGCCGCAUCAAUGUCGCCACAAAAAGCGCCCGCCAGCCUGCCAAAGCGCCCGCCGAAACCGAAGGUCCAGCGACCACCCAAGAUGGGCGGCGCAGCGGGCAUCGCUGGAUUACCGAAGAAAACGGUGCCUGCCGGCGUCGGCGGUAGCGGCGAUAGUCCAAAGAAGAUCAAGAAAAAGGUGCUGAAAGCUAGUGCUGUGGGCGCGGGGAGCGUGGCGGACAAGACUGUGCCCGGAGUGCCGCGAGUGGGAGUAGCAGGGAAGAGUGUGCCUGGUGUGGCGAGGAAGGGACUUCCCGGCGGCGGCGGUGGUGGUGGUGGAGGCGGCAUCGGCGGUGGAGGGAACGUGUGAUUUUCUUUCUUUCUUUCUUUCUCCCUUUCUUCCUCCCUUUCUUUCAUUGGGGCGGUGUAUUUUUACAAAUUUGUAUUUUCGUUUUUUCAUUUUUUCAUGAUCGUUUUCCCUUUCCCUUUCCCUUUCCUUUGUUGGAGUUAUAUGUUGACUUGAUUUUUGGUCCCGAUACCUACAUACGUUGGUA